AUGUUUAAACCACUACGAGUAGAACUACAGCUGGAAGAGCCGUAUUUUUUAGAUAGCUCUUUGCAGGAUGUCUUUGUCCAACAGGACGGCCUGACGCCGCUGCACUGUGGAGCAAGGAGUGGCCACGAGCAGGUGGUGGAAAUGCUGCUCGAUCGCGCUGCCCCCAUUCUUUCAAAAACCAAGAAUGGACUGUCUCCAUUGCACAUGGCCACACAAGGGGAUCACUUAAACUGUGUCCAGCUUCUCCUCCAGCAUAACGUGCCCGUGGACGACGUCACCAACGACUACCUGACUGCCCUACACGUGGCUGCCCACUGUGGCCAUUACAAAGUCGCCAAGGUGCUCUUGGACAAGAAAGCUAACCCCAAUGCCAAAGCCCUGAAUGGCUUUACCCCCCUGCAUAUUGCCUGCAAGAAGAAUCGAAUUAAAGUAAUGGAGCUCCUUCUGAAACACGGUGCGUCCAUCCAAGCUGUAACCGAGUCGGGCCUUACUCCAAUCCAUGUUGCUGCCUUCAUGGGGCAUGUAAAUAUCGUGUCGCAGCUAAUGCAUCACGGGGCCUCACCAAAUACCACCAAUGUGGUAAGUAUCCUUCCAACACAG